GACUCGACGCCCGGCGUGCUCAAAGUCUGGUCCACCUUCGCCGCCGACUACGGGCUCACCAACGGCGCAGAGAUUGCCCACAAAUCCCACGGACGCCGCCUGUACGACACCCUCAAGGAGUGGUGUCGCAUCGACGAAGAGCACAAGCUCCAGGCAGAGAUCGUGCGCUUCGAGGACGAGGUCAUCGAGGGCGGCCCUGUCGUCCUCCCGGGCGCGCUCGACCUGAUCAAUCAAGCAAGUACCCCAGCGCGAUAUAUCACAUGCUCCAAACCCCCAGCAACAAACAUCUACACCCCGCGCGCCCUCGCGCGCUGCGCCGUCCCCCUCCCGCCCGCGGGCUUCGUCUCCUCCAACGACGUCGCCCGCGGCAAGCCGCACCCGGACCCCUACCUCGCCGGCGCGCGCAGGUGCGGCGUCGACCCUAGCAAAUGCCUGGUGGUAGAAGACGCGCCCUCGGGCAUCACCGCCGGGCGCGCCGCGGGCGCGAAAACCCUCGCGGUGUGCACGUCCCACACGAAGGCGGCGCUCCUCGAGUCGGGGUGCAGCCCCGACCACAUCGUCAAAGACUUGACACGCGUCAGCGCGAGGUGGGUCGACGGGACGGUCGAGGUCACCAUAGACGAGUCGGAAUAA